UGAUGACAAACAUGGCGACUACCAGGAGCGCGGCGAAACGUGCAACAGAAGAAGCAGAACGAGAGCGAAGGGGCGAUAUUUCGCAGGAUGAAAAAGAGGAGAGUGUCCAGGAAAGUGAAGAGCCCGUAAAGCAGUCUGAAGAUGCAGAAAAGCCCAAGGUUUUGCCCGUCAAACCAAGAACUUUCCUACGGGAGUUGCUUUCGGAAUCCAUACUGGGUUUUAUAUUUUGGUCAGUGUUCCAUGGUCUGGCUCCCAUGGUGUGGUUUUACCCCAUGAAUGAGCUUCAGAUUACUGGCUACGAAGCAUUGGGCCUGAUCUGGUUGCUGCCGGUAGUGUGCACUGUUGGGGCUAUUAGGAAUGCUGUCGAAACACGCUGGGGGUUGUUCGUCUUGAGGCUUGUGUGCGUCCUCAGCAUUGGGUCAUUCCAGGCCUCCACAACUCUACAGCGGCUGGUGUUUCUGACAGUUGGGAAUGGAGCAGCGACACUCCUCCUGUGUGGGAUGCUGUGGAACAGAUCGCUUCACCAGAGAUCGUCAUCCUUCUGGGGCCUUAUGAUUGGUUUUUUCGCACUGUUAGUAUCUAGAGUAUGGUAUGUGUCCCUCAACCCAACAUGGAGUGAUGCACGAGCUAACUCCAUCAUCAUAACCCUGGGAGUCAUAGCCACAAUUGAUCGAUUCCUAUCAGUGGAGUACCCUGAGCCCCAAGCAGAGCCUGACCCAGCCAUGGCAAGCUCAUGGCGGCGGACAGCCAUGGGCUUUGGUAGUCUGCUUUUCCUGACCCACUGGCUUUUUGGCGAGGUGUCGGUAAUCUGUCGUUGGACAGUGAAGGGGGUUCCAUACCCAGGACCCUCCCCUUUUCCAGGAGGUGCGGCAGUCUUUGUGGAGCUCCUCACAGGCAUGCUGAUGUCUUCCAAGAAGGACCUUCCUACCAACUUCCUGUGGUCCUGGUUUAUCGGCCUGCACUGCUUUCUGGGCCUGUAUUACCUGAAUGCCUAUCUAGGCUUCUUCUGCGGCCUAAUGCUGUCUAUGUACGUCAUGUCCAUCUGGCCUGAGAUGGUUGACCGGUUGACUAGCUGUCCUCCAGCCAAGACACUGACUGCAGCCAUGGCUAUCUACCUCUUUGCGAUGCUGUUCUCUGUUUGGACGACAGCUUACAAUUUUGUACCUGGUGGCGUUUAUACAAGAGAGCAGACUGGUCUACUGGGUGCCUUUCUCAUGUUCAACAUUGUUCGAGCGUUACUGCAGGGCAAAGCCAGGGAUCACCAGAACCCACUGAGCAAGCACAUCGCCUUCCCCAACCUGGAUGGAACGGGCACUUAUCAGAUUUUUGCAGAUGCCAAAAUAUAUUUUGUCCUCCUCCUGGUCAUCGGAGGCGGAGGGUUCUUCUCCCGUUUCCACCCCGAGAAGUACCAAGCUCCAGCAAAGGCCAACCCGAGAGAGUUUACCGGCAUGGUAUGGACGGCUCACUUCAUGUAUGAUAACAGGGGCUGGCCCAGCUAUGAAAGGUCUGCCAAAAUGAUAGAAGACUCAGGUGCUGACGUGAUAGCUCUAAUUGAAGCAGAUGCCUCUAAGCCGUACCUCGGACUGAAUGACAUCAGCAUGUGGUUUGGGGAAAGGCUGGGAAUGUACGAUGAUUUUGGGCCCUCCACAAAGUCCCACACUUGGGGGAGUCUUUUCCUGUCCAAGUUUCCAAUCGUCUACUCAGAUCACCUGCUCCUACCCUCUCCCAAAGGGGAAUUGGCCCCUGGCCUUCACAUGACGGUCAACAUAUCUGGCAGUCUGGUUGACUUCGUCACCGCUCACAUGGGCAACACUGAGGAUGAUGUGGACCGAAGGCUGCAGGCCGAGGUGCUCUCUAAUAUCACCAGAAGGAGCAAAAACCCUACUGUCUUUAUGGGCUACGUCACCUCAGAACCUGGCAGCAGAGACUACACAAAGUUCACCACAUUUGGAAAACUCUUGGACAUAGAUCCCACCGAUAAAGACAGGUUUUGUGAGUACAUAUUCUACAAGGGAUUAAUCAGGAAGGCUUAUGCACGUAUUUCCAAGAGUGAUCUGAGUGACACAGAAGUGCAGUUGGCCAAGUUUGUAAUCCCUGACACCAAAACCUACAGAGAUAACGAUGCAGUGACAACAAACAAGGAGGAUGUGCAUGAAUCUGAGUGGCUGCCAAAAGUAUUCGGUUCGCACUACGUCGGUGAUUGGCACCAAGACAGUCAUCACUACCACAUGGACACUCCAAAGUACUUCUACCACAGCAAGGAUCAUGAGGAGGCCACAAAACCACCAGAGAAACCUAAGAGGGGCGAUUCCUAGACUUCAGAAGAGGCACAGUCAACUGAAGUGGGUUUUUUGUUAGUAACAGAUGGUUUGGAUUUCUAGAAGUUCAUGAAAAAGGACUCUGGGUGGGUAUGUUUAAAUGCAAUAUUAUACGAAAUGAUUAUGCAGUAUUUUUGAAAGUUCUUGGUUCAAUAGAUUAUUUCUUCGUGUUUUUGAAAGAGAUUUUAAUUUUAACCACUUCGUGCCGAGCCAAUUUAUCCAUGUUGAUUCUGCUGGGCUGGGUGACUUUUCAUUUUU